UCUUCGUGAGUUAAGAAUAACGUUUACGUGUUAGAGAAAUUAAACGUGCAUGUGGCGCGUUCUUUUCAAAAAAAUAAAGUUCCAAAGCGACGUAUGUUAAAGCUUUGAUAAGAUUUGUCGGUGUGCGAAAGAGUCUUUUAAAUUUUUCUAUACAUCACAAAUUUCACUAGUGAAUCUAAAAGAUUAAAUUUGUGAAACCAUUGUCAUCAAGAUAGUUUAGAAAUGAGAAAAGUUAUGGAGAAACAACUAUCCUGGUUAGCCCUGAUUGUUACUACAUUUUAUUCAUUGCUUGGCAGUUGUCGGAGCCAAGAGUGCGGACACGAAAGGUUGGUGAGAUGCGGAAGGCCUUUCGAGAGAAUCAACACCAACGACUUGAGCUUCGUGACGAAGAAGGAGGAACUUCAACAGUUAUGCCCAGAUUUCGAGGCUGGCAUGAAGUGCAUUCAGACGUAUACGUUCGACUGCAUGGAAGAGAAACAAAGGGAGCACUUCAACUCGUUAUACGUGGGCACCAACAAGGUAGUCAUGGAGCUGUGUCAAGAUGGCCCUUAUCAAGACGAAUUUCUUCAACAUGCGCCAUGCAUGCAAAAAGUGCAACCUGAAUACGAGCUCUGCUACAAGAAAUACCAGAAAACCACUCAGGAAAUCGAAAGGAGAAAUCACACGAAUGGAUCUCUCAAAUCUCUGUGCUGUGGCUUCAAGGAAUUUUUGGAAUGCUCACACCAUACGGUCCGCCGACAAUGUGGCGAUGACACAGCUCGAUUUGCAAAGGAUUUCCUUGACAGAAUGUCAAGUUCGCUUCUCAGGGUACACUGCGCUCCGUAUACCGACGAGGUGUGCACGAUCGGAAAUAGCGGGAACGUGUACAGGAUUCAGGCUAUAGUGAUCGUGGUGGUGGCGGUGCUCGCGACAUACUUCACGUAAGCGAUUAAAUGGCACUCGUAGCCGGAAAAAGGGGACGAUUUCCGUGCAUCACGAGCGUCACGAUGCUGAAACCGGGGGCCCUCCGUUCGUUCUCCGCUUCAGAUUCGCCAGAGUAUUUUUUUAUUUUCCAACGAGCAACCAAGGAGAAAGAAAGGAGAUAGAAGAUAGAGAGAGAGGAAAGAGAAAAAGGAGAGAGAGAGAGAGAGAGAGAGAGAGAGAGAGAGAAAAGGAAGGGGGAGAGAAGAAAGAAAGAGGAUGGAAAGAGGCACGUGCAUGCGAACUCUGAGUGGGUCGAGAGUAUUAUAACUGGAAUGCGGGGAACGAGGGAUAAAAGAUGAAAGAGGGAGAUGAAGAGGAAAAGGAAAAACGAAGGAGACCGGUGGAAAAAGUUAAGGAAAGCGAAUAAACUGGUUGGACGCGAUCAAAGAGACGGCGAGAGGAAAGUUCGCCACGUUUCUCCGCACGCGAACUUCCCCGUUGCGUUCGUGCGGCAACUGUUCUCUUUGACACAGAACGCCCGGGGAAAACAAAGAGGAGAGAGAGAGAGAGAGAGAGAGAGAGAAGACGUGCUUUCGGACACAGUGACGAGCUUAAUCAAGCAAUCAGAAGGCACGUGCGCCUAGAAUUGAACGUGUUCGUUCGAUACUCAUCGCUGGUUUCUACCCACUAGGGUUCUCUAUGCUUGAAAAUCGAUGGAACCACACAAGUUGGAUCAAUGGCCGAGUUGGAAGGGGAGGAAAAAGUCAACCGGCUGGAUCUAGUCGUGCCGUACCUUGGUUACGUUAGCUUUUAUUUAUCGAAUAGUUGCUUUAUUUGAGUAUUCGUCAUCCGUAGCAAGAAAGGAGAAAAAAAAGAAAAAUUAAAAAAAAAAAUUCAGCUUGGAAAAAAUGUGUCUCGUGUGACAGGGAGAGAAAGAGAGGGAGAAUGAGUGUGUGUAUGAGAGAGAAAGAGAGAGAGAGAGAGAGAAGAAAGCGUGGAUACAUUUUUAUCAGAGGGAAGCGUCGAAUGAACGAAUUCGAGAAUGUUGAAUUCUAUUUUGAAUUUCGUUAUCGGAACAAUAGUGGCACUAGGAAGGAAACAAAAAAUAUAAAUCGUGAUGGAACGUAAAAAUGGAAUUUUUUAAAGUGUCGCCAAGUGUUCAAUUGUCAAUAGCACGAAAAAGUGUUUUGCUUUCUUGAAACGGGUUUAACCUCAAAGUUAAAGAUUAAAUUCUUUUCUUUCGAUAAUAAUCCACCAGAAAAAGGAAAUGAAGAAAUACAAAGGAGAAAGAAAUGCGAAUUUAUCGACAAAAAGUGUAUCCUCGACUAGUCGACUAGUUGCCAUUUCUGUUUUCAAAGCAAAUACGAUGAAACGAGCUGUUGGGAUAUUGUGGAGAUAACACACAAUUUUUCUAACUAAUAUUAGGUGUUUCUGAGGAUCGGACACGUCAAGGAACCCAAUUAGCACGAAAUAGCGACGAAGCUGUGGGGAAUCAAAAAGAAAUCGCACAUCACACGAUAAUUCGAAAAUUUAUUCGAAUUAUUUCUCUAAUUUCGAUUUUCUGUGUUUCAAAGAUCUGAUCUUUGAAAAUGAACAUCGAAACAAUGAAACGGAAAAUCGUGCUUCCACCUAUAUAUACUUAAAUGACUAUUAUUAAUAAACAAGAAGACUCGAUCAAACUUUUUUACUAAACUACUAAAUGUCUACUACUAGUCUACUAAAUGUUCGCAAUAAAAUCAACAAUCAUACAGAAGAGUAGACUUGAAAAGAAUCGAAUCGAUUCGUAUAUUCUAAAGAUUACGAACUGCGCGAUACUUUAGUCGCGGAUAAUGAUACAACACACAGUAUUCUCGUUUAAGGAAAUCACCGACAAUGGAACGAAACGACGUACUCGAAAUAAAUCGUGAGAUACUGGGAUAUCAAAGAAAAUCGACAAACGAAGCCCUGGCAUUUCGUUAUAGAACGAGUACUUCAUUUUGUCUCGUUAGAAGAGAGAAGCUUUAUUGGAACGAGCAUCUCGUGUACAGUGCUGUGCAAAUGUUCAAGAAAGAAGGUGAAUUAAUCGUUGGAGAAGAAAGAAGAAGAAGAAGAAGAAGAAGAAGAAGAAUCUUUGGGAAGAUAUAGAAAUGGCAAGGGCUUGGUGAAAGAUUUUCCUGGAAGAGGGAACAAAUUGUAAGCCGGUGAAAACGCGAAGAGAAUUUGUUCUGGUCUCGAAACGCGAUUUCUACUAGUUAGAAACGGCUUUGAAUGAUCGAACAUUGAUCAACGAAGGCUCGAUCAACGAAGAACCGUUUCGUCGAUAUUUUUCAUCGACCUCGAAGAAACGCCAAUAAAAUUAUACUGCUUCAGAUGCGGAACAUACUCUAGAUACGCGAUUGCUUAUGCAAUCGAUACACCGCAUAAUCGAGAGGCGGAAAGUGACAAGCUACUGAUGAUAGUCUGCAAUCGCGUACGGAACUAUUUCUAUGAAGAUAUUCCAUCGAGAUAUGCUGUUCUUCUUAAGAAAUUUCUAUGCCGCAGAAAUAUCAGCAAUUGUGCUGUUACUAUCUUUCUGUUGAAUACUUUCAGAUAAUUUUAUUAGAUUACAAUAUCUUUAGAGAUAUUGAUUCUUCUCUGUGAAAAUCUUAUAAUGAUUCAUAAAGACUUCUUUCGAGAUUACCACUGAAUCACAAGAAGAAUAUCAAUGGAAAUUUCGACCGAUAUUAAGAUAACUCUAUCGUUGAAGAGUUGUCUCCAACACUUGAUUUUAUCAUUGGCUUAGAAAAUAUCGAGAAAGAGGUGUUGCGUAAAAUCAUAGUCAUUACCUGUGCACCCGAUUGUAGAGUAUAUCGUGGCUCGGAGGUGAACUGGAAGAGAAAAAGAAGAAAGAGGGGAUGACGCCUUUUCAAUAGGAUGGAAGAGGACGCUAUUCUUUCCGUGUUUCGGCUAUCGCCUGUAAACAGAGGGAAGAGUGGUGGCGUGAAUCUUCAAGAGGUCGAUUCUUCUGUUGAAAAAGAAUUAGUUCCAGUUUAGUGGCUCGGCACAAGUUCCAUCAGACAAUGGUAGAGAUAUCUCGACGGCCUUUUGAAAGCCUAGGAAAUAACUAUCUAAAGUAUUUUUUGAAGUAUAAGUUUAUAAAAAAAAAUCCUUAAUCUUGUUUCUUAAUCUGUUAUAAUUUAUAAUGCAAAUAUUUCAUCAAAGAAAUCGAUAAAUGUCGAUAAAUUUCAAAAAAAUAUAUAAUAUGAGUUCUUUUAUGCACUAAUUUUGUGAUUAUUGAAAGUGAAAGAAAAAUAUUGUUUUUAAAUUAAUACUAUGAUGACUAAUUUCUAUCUAAAAAUAUUGAAAUAAUAGUAUUGCAAAUAAAUAAAAAAGGUGUUUUAUAAAAAUCGUUAAAGAAUUUAUUAAAAACAAUAUUAUAGAUACAGCUUUAAAAGUUUCUAAAAGCUUUCUGAAAGCUUCGACAGUUUAUAAAUGUUAAUUCAUACAGAAAAAUAUAAAGAACAAUAUAUACAUAUAUAUACUAUAAGUAUUUAAAAAUGAACAUUUAAAUAAAAAAAGUAUAUAGUGAGACAAUAUUUAAAGAAAUAAAAAAACAAUAUCAGUAACCACAAUUAAUUCUCAGACAUAGUUUAUCAAAUUUGCACUGAAUUAUUGACUUUAACAAAAUUAUACAUCAUCCAAACAAAUAUAUCAUCGUUCACAUUGUUAAAAUAAAAAAAAAACGUACGAAUUUUAAAAUAAACAAGUAACAUCAAAAAACGAAAUAACAUACAAAUAUCUCAAAAUGAAUUGUUGUUACUCCUUACCAAGUUUGCUUAUGUAACCAACAAGAGAGAUGAGUUGAAUAAAAAAGAAGAAGAAGUGAAAGAAGAAGAAGAAACGAAAGAAGAAGAAAGAGAGAAAAGAAACUCUAGAACAUCUUCCACUUCAUAGUAGAAUUGUUGGUCAGUUGCUUUAAAAGCAUUCUGUUACAUUGCCAUAUUUUAGACGGGAAAAUAGAAGAAUGGAAUAGGAGAUAGGAGAGAAAUGGAGAAGCAAUAAGUUAUAGGAUCGAUUUCGUUGAAGCGAUAUUAUAUUGCCUCGAUGAGAAAUGGAAGUUGUGGAAGCGCAGGUGUAUCGAACAAUUGUGUAACAUUGUCUUUUCACAUUAAAGGAACGUUCGUUCUGUUUUUAAAUGAUUCUCGCGCGAAAAUAAUACGAGCCAUCGUAAAACACGGAGAACACGUUUCUCGGAGAAGUUCUCUAACUUAGUUUCGAAUAGUGUGUCUUCCAUUCCUCGAAAUUUCAAUUUCGGGGAUUAACACCUAACUUGUUUGAAAACUUAGUUUUUGCAUAUUAUUAUAUAUAAAAAGAAAAAAAAUUUGAAUGAAAGAUCGAUGGGAUUGUACGAAAUCGUUCAAAUUAUUCAAACAAUUUAGACAGAAAAGAAGCAAGAAAAUUGAUCGCUUCUCGAAAUUUUUUUCAUCAAUGAUGAAGGAAUAGCGAGUUUAAUAAUCUGGACAAAGCGAAAAGCGAAAUUGAAGAUGCGCAUGGNAAAAAAAAAAAAAAGACAAAAUGAAUCGAUGUUAGCUGCCGAAGAAGUCUGAUUUUCGUGCACGUGGAGUCUCUAAUUCGACUUGGAACGUUCUACAUGGCAAACACAUGGAAUUCGAGAAAAAUUAUUUUCAUUGUCGCGCGAUUACACGUGUGACGUGUUGAUGAAAAAUUAAAAUUAAAAGAAAAUUUUGUUCCUUUUCUACAUAAAUUGUUUAAAAUGUGAUUUUAAAUUAUAAAUGUGAUUAUACACGGUUUAAGAAACAUCGUUCACGAUAGCGUAUGUACCAUAAUUUCUCAUUAUUAAUUAUUAUUUCG